AUCUCUAGCUGUCAGGCUCCGCCCAACGGGAUCUCUAGUGGUCUACGGCACGGGGUCUCCCAGGACGCGGAGUCUAAGUCCCAGUCUGCCUUUUCACCAGGGCCCCUGAUGGUGGGGAUGGACUUGGUGCAAGACUGGAACCAGGUCGCGCCCCUGGGCACCCCCGGCGGCGGCAGAGGGGUCCCGCUGAGGGUAUGUGCCCGGGAUGAGCCUGCUGUGAAGGGGAUGACAGGUCCAAUCCGAGCGGAUGGAUGGGAUGACAGAUCCCGAUCCGAGCGGGAUGGACAGAUGACAGAUCUCGAUCCGAGCGGGAUGGAUGGGUGACAGCUAGGAGUGAGCGAGGAGUGAGCGAGGUCAGACUAGCCGGGUCAGUAUCGUGUGGGCAGCGUGGUACAGGGGG